UAGAUAUACCAGUAUCCCUUCUCUAUUCUAGAUAUACCAGUAUCCCUUCUCUAUUCUAGAUAUACCAGUGUCUCUCUAUAUUAGAUAUACCAGUGUUCCAUCUCUAUUCUAGAUAUACCAGUGUCUCUCUAUUCUUGGAUAUCACCUGACGUCAUAGACGUUCACAGACGUUCGCUAAAACUCACCGCCGCCAUAUUGAGUACCUUGGUACCCACUGACAGGAUAGAACGCAUUGGUUUGGGUACCAAGUCCGACUCCGAGCUCGCUCGUCAGCCGCUAUACCUAAACAAAGAUGCCUUCAAUCUGUUGUGCUGUGGGAUGUAGCAACAAAAAAGGGGACCCAAACGUGUCAUUUUAUAGACUUCCCAAAGACGAGGAUAGACGUCAACGAUGGCUUGCAGGGAUUAAAAGGGCAGGAUGGACACCCCCGGUAGCAGUCGACUUUGCAGUGCACGUUUUGUCUCUGGUGGGAAAAGCUCAAACCCUCUGUGCCCCGACUUUGUUCCAACCAUAUUUCCCUCUCAGUUCACCCGACAAGAGGAAGCGGAUUUAUGAAAUGAGGCGAUUUGAACACACCCAGGCACUGAAAAGAAAAAGAGCAGUUAGCAGUGUGGACAGAGGAGAGACUGGGAUAGCAGGAGAAGAGGGAUUGGAGACGUGCAGAGGAGAAGACAUACAUGAGAUGGACAAGGACGACAGACAGGAGUUUGACAGAGAAGACAGACAGAACUUGGAUGGACAAGAGGAUGGAGAGGAGUUUGACAGAGACGAAGAGUUGCAGGAUAUUUUCAUAGGAGAUGCAGAGGAGUCUGACAGAGAAGAAGAGGGGCAGGAGACUGACAGAGCUGUUGAACUGGAGACAGGCUGGGGUGUAGUUUCGGGCCGUUCCUGUGGAAACGCCUCUUGUGAACACACAAUCAAAUGUUUGAUGAACGAAUGCAUGAGAUUACAGAGAGAAGUGUAUAAGCUAAAGGAUCAAGUAAGUUCAUUGUCUUUCAACCAAGAAAGUUUGAAGGACAAAGAUGAGAAAGUACAGAAACUAACUGGUCUGCCUUAUUAUGCUAAACUAAUACUUCUUUUCUCUUUCAUCUCACCAUUUCUAAAAUCUAAAUCAUGCUUGUCACCUUUUCAACAGUUCUUGUUAACAGUAAUGCGCCUUAGAAUGAAGUUGCCACUUUUUUUUUGUAGCCUAUUUGUUUCAUGUCUCAACAUCAACUGCUGGUCGAAUUUUUAAUAACACUCUUACUGUAAUGAAUCUCAGGAUGGGUGGGAUCGUAAGGUGGCCUGACAGAGACCAGAUACGCAUUAGUCUCCCAAUGUGUUAUCGGGAGAGCUUUAGCAAU